AUGGAUGGAAUAAAUUCUUACUCAAAAUUCUCAGCCCAAGCAUCGGCCAAUGAUGUACCAAUAGAUAAAGACUCAAAUUCUGGAAGAAAUGAGCUCAGAAUGAAAAAAGUUGGAAAUUAUACACUGAAAGCUAUAGAGCUUCAUGGACAGGAUGGAUCAUCAGUGCAAGAAAUCAACAGCGUUUUAGCGUCUAAACAUCAACUGAACGUCAAGGAACAGGCAAAGGAUAUCUCGAUGUUCCUCAAGGAUGCUGUCGAGUCUGGUGCUUUGUCCAUGACAAAUGGCAAAUACAAGAUUGCUGAACGAGUGGAAACUCGCGUGCAGAGGCAGCUUGUUUUGGAAGAUGGACGCGUGGUGGCGGAUUCUGGCCCUCAAGUCACGACAAAGACGAAAGAAGAUACUCGCGUGGAAGAGUCUGAAAACACAGAACACAAGACAACGGGAGAUGAUGCCCCAGGUGAUGGAUACGUGAUGAUUCCUGGUUCAGCGAAGGUGAUAAGUGAGAAGACGGAGAGCAACCAGACUAUGACAGAGACCAGAGAAGAGAACAGGCAAAUGCACGACGAACACAUCCGAGAUCUGUCGGGGGAGGAGAUCCAUCAACGCACAAUAAUUUCUCCUGAUGACCCAAGCUUUGGAAAUUCCAUUGGGGAAUUUCCCGGAAAAUUGACCCACUUCUCCAGUCGGUCUCAGAAGAUUGUGGACAAAGACGAGGUGAAGGAAAUAUCGGAAUUGAAAGAUGGUGAAGUCACCACCGAAACCACUCGGACUCACCACCAUGAGGAGGCUUACGACGAUGAAGUACCAGAAGAAGAAGCAGAGGAAGGAAUGGUUCCCGAACGAUCUGCAGAAACGUCCAGGACUAUCCAGUACUACACUGACCCUCAGGAAUUCCAGAACGUGUCCGAUCGUUUGGAGGAAGAAUCUCGUCGAUCCCGGAUCCUGAACCACCGUCAAAAUGGCACAAGUGAGCUGCCGGCAGUCACACAUCGGUGGGUGGAUGAUCACUUUGGAGCACAGAAGGAAAUAGGGAAUGAUGUGAGGGGAGAGAGCACGAGAACACGAUCUGGAGGAAAUCGCAUUACCAUCGAAAUGUCCCCCCACAGGUCCAGCCCAAGUGAACUUUCUCCCAGAAGUACGUUAAACAAGCAUGACCGGUCCAGAGAUUCCACACUAAGAAACAAAGCCUCUUCUUCGGCAUACCGAGUGGAAUACAGCCCUUCGCCCCCGUAUCCACCCAGCACACCAGUUCAUAGGUCUACUGCUUCACCUUUCGAAGUAUCAUCCAGCUCAGGAUCUUCCAGGUCUAAAACACCAGUGAAGACUUUCUACCUUGGAGAGGACAACACUUACCAGAGGGACCACAUCAACAGCUGGAAGAAGAAAAGCAACCAUUCCUUAGCAGAUGCUGUGAGUUCCUCGCUUUCCAUAGGGGAUACUAAUUCUCUGGGACGAUCCAACUUGUCCGGUCAUUAUGGGGAACGGAGCGAUUCUUUCUGCAGAGUUCCAAGAAGUAAAGUGAACGAACCGUUGCGUUACGAAGCUUUCAACAACGGCCCAAUUUACAGCAAAGUAUCUCGCGUCAGAACCGACAAAAAUGUUCAGGUGUCAAUGUCCGAUGAUGAAGACGAUUCUACGCUGAAGAGACGAAAUGGUCGGGAUCAUUCUGUCAGUCCCAACCGCCUUAAUGGUAACAGGAGCCACAUUACUUUACCAAGAACCGUAAAAAUUUCGCACGAACCAGCGAAACCUUCUUAUUCGACGAACUCCCUUUCUCAUUCCAAAUAUUACAAGUCUUCGGAUUCGCUGCACUCUCCAGGUUACAGCAGUUAUUAUUCUUCCAAUGAUUAUGGAACUUCUUUCCGGAAUGCGUCUUCGCCAAUAUAUAACAACUCUUCAUUCCAUCGAGAUGCCCGCAACAGUGACAUCUAUCGCAAGAGUGAUUGGAAUAGCUCUAAUUACAGUGACACUUAUUCCAAGAACCGUGUCCACGAAGUCAAGAUCAACAGAGCCAGUAGCCAAGAUCACCUUGCCAACGGACGGAGCACGAAGACCAAAUCUCCUGCCUCAACGAAUUGGUACAACUCAUCGUCUUCGCUCAAGACAAGAAAAAUUCCCACAUCUCCUCCAGAGUCAGGGUACCAAUCUCCUUUUCCACCAACUCCACCGUCCAGUCCACCACCAAGGGUCAUAAAAGUCUUAAAUUCUGACCACUAUGGAAGCUCUUCCUCAAUGUCUCCUCCAGAUUCCCCAAUCCACGCGACCACUUCCUCAAUACGUAAAAAAUCUGCUUACCCAUCUGGUAGCGCGUCCAGAUCCAAGUCCUCUGGCGACUUGCGCACGUCACAGCUUUUUGCUCCAGAGUCAUUCAGUCCUUUGGCUAGUCCCUUAAAAUUGAAGACUGUGGGAGAAAAGAAAGAUCAGAAAGAUCGCCAGAAGUACUACCGAGUCAAACCUGGUCAAGACGGACAAUCAGUGGUGGUGCAAGUACGUGAUUGGAACGGACGUUGAACUUCAGAGAAACAGUUGCAAGUUCAAAUUAUUCUCUUUUUUAUUAUAUCUGCUAAAAGACAUCAUUUUGCUUAAGUCUGUGUACUUUUUGAACUACUUUUGCUCAUACAGAUGCGUUUGUAAAAGCGUCGCAUUGUAUUGGUGGCAUGUAAAUAAUACAACAGAACAGUUAUGAGCAGUAAAAGAUUGGCGCCUACAAAAAAAAAAAAAAAAUGUUAUAGAUUAUGCAAAAAAACUAUACAUUUUUUUUCUUUUUUAACACUCGCGCGAAAAGUAAGAUUGUCAGUUGCCUUCGGUUUUCGUAUUUGCAGUACCACAUUCAUUGCUGCACAACUUGCUCACGUUGUACGUAUUGUUCAUGUUUUUUAUUUUCUCAGGUGCUACAAAAUCAGAAAGCAAGUUUUAUACAGGUUCUUCUUUUCCUCGAGUCAUUUUGUCUUUCAAAAUACUAAUUACUAAGAAGUAUAUAAAUAAAAAAUAAUGCAAUAAUAAGUAUACACAUAACUAAAAUAAAAUUAAAGGGCGUAUAAAUUGAAACUUUGGAAGUAAACGUAGUAAUGAAUAUUCAAGAAAACAACACAAACAUAAUAAAAUGUCACUAAUAAAUAAAAAAUGAGGAAAUUAGUAUUAAAAAACUAAGUAAAAGGAAAAGCCUCAGGGAAGCAGACGAGGAAACGAAAGGGAUUUUUUUUUACCCUUACAAAAAAUCUAUAGCUAUUUUGAUUAGAAGCACAUGUGUUCUUUCUGUUUCAUGUUGCAGCGAAAUAGCUUAAACUGCAUGGGGGACGCUUACCAUCUUCUCCUUAAAAUUUUUGAUCGAAAUCCGUUAAAUAGCAAACGGGAAAACAGAAAUAAUAUGACGUAUUUUGAAAGCAAAGUCAAUACAUCACGUAAACCGGUAACGACAGUUUAAGUCAAAACUUCUACAUUAGUUACAAUCUUGUAAGAGUACUCAUCAAUAAAACGUUUGAACGAAGACUACAGUUUCAAAAAAUAAAAUGUGCGAAUACAGAUUUAAUAAUUUUUAAUGUCUCCAGUUCACUCUGGUCGAAAAAUCAUUGGAAAAAUUGAGAAAGGUCAUAUUAGCUAACUGGGUAAAGUAAAGUUUUUUUUUAUAUUCUAUGUAAAGUUUUUCUAGUCUUCCAUUAAAAACUCUACACGAAAACAAAACACAUAAACGACGAUAGAAACGACAAUAUUAAAGCUAAAAAGUUCUCCAGUAGUUCCAACUUUGAACAGUAAUGAAAAGCGUGCGAAAGAAGAGAAACAAUUAAAAAAAUAAAUAAAUGUCGAUGAAAUUUAAUAAGUAUUUUCUCAGUUGAGUCUUCUUGAAAAGAACUUUUACUUGUGGAAAAAUUGAGAAAUGGGAUAUUAGCUAGCUAAGUAAAGCUAGGUAUAUUUUUCUGUUUAUGCAUCCGUCUGUACGUCCAUGGAACCAAAGCAACCAGUUAAAGGCAAGCGUUAACUUAUUUAUAGUUGGCAAUGUACAUUUUGUUAUGAUUAAAUUAUAUGUUUAUCAUUGGGAAAAGUUGAAUGAGCUAUUUUACCACUAAGUUAUAAUUGAAUAAAUUAUAAUCAACUGAAAAUAUAAUUUGUCAAUGUUUUCCAUACUAGGAACUUAUAUUGUGAUGUGUGGUAAAUUGAGUUUCUACUUUAAAAAUUGCUGCCAAAACAUGAUUUUUUUUUAUUCCACGAAAAAUGGCAGCUACACUGUGUUGGAACAGUGUAGUUCAGGGGUCCCCAAUCUUUUUGUACCAGAGAGCAUAUUCUACAAUAUAGGUCGAACAGCGGGGACCAAUUGUUUCAAGGUGAAUUAAAAAUUAGACAAUUUAACUUCUCAUAUAAAAAUUUUCUAAUAUUCUUGUGUAAAAGAAAUAACUACUAAUUUCACACAAAAUAUACAACGCUCAAAAAUCCUUUAUAAAAAUAUAAGAAAUUUGAAGUCGAUAAAAUUUUUGUCAUUGCAUUUUAUUGGCCAUUAGUUUGUCAUAAAGAGAUGACGUCAUAAAUGACCAGUCGUCAAUGCGAGGAUCUGCGAGUCGCGAUCUCUAGUUCGAUUUUAUUGUAAUCACUGUCGAAAACAGAGUCGGAGCACGAGUUGAUUUGUGUGCUACUCUUUUUGAGAAAAGAAAUCUAUACUUCUUUCAGUAUCAUUCCAGAACUUCUCUCUCAGAUGCAAAAGGAAAGAGAUUGGAACCCAUUUUGCAUUGUGCUUUUAUCAGUGUUGCAUCCGUUUUUUUUUUUUUUUUUCUAAAUUCAGAAAUUCCAUCUAUUUUUAUCGUCAUCAUAUAGGGGACACGUAAAAUGAUCGUUGAGUACAGUGAUGCCCGCUGGCAUCGUGUUGAGGAAUCCUGGUGUAGUCAAUCUGAAAAUUUAUACGAGUUUACGUUUUAACUUUGGAGUCAGAUAAGGUGCCAUAAGUCGAGAAUCAAGGUGUUCUAGUAUCAAAAAUUCAUUUUAAUUAUGAAGGGAAGUGAUUUAUGUAACUGAUUCUCAGAAAGUUAAGAAUCAUUUUUCUCAACUUCAUUGAACUCGAAUUCAGUACCGCAUUUACCCUAAACAUAGGGUUAAAAAAUGCAUUCUGAAAGAUGCGUGGUGCUUUGUUUUUUUUAGUCGCAUGUUUAAAGGUAAAACAUGCUGAUUUUUGUAAUUGCAUUUUAAAAAAGUUUUUUUUUAUGUUUUAAUCCAUAAUAAGUUUACUACAUUGAACUCAUUUAUUUUUCGAUGUAUAAUGAAAGUAAUUAAGUAAUGUUUUACGUUGUAAUGUAUUCUUACCCAAUUUGGUUAAUUUUUAGAAGAACUUAAUCUAGGAUUAAUAAUUUUAUGUUCAUACAAUUUUACAAAAUUGUUUUAAAACUGGUUUUAAAAAUGGUGACUAAUAUUUGAAAUAAAACUUUUUAUUAUUU